UCUGUCGUCAGUGUCGUCAUGCGUCAUGCGUCGUCUUUUUUUUAUUUCAGGCUAAGUGCGUGUAAUGUGUGUCUGUGCGAUGUAAUAGUUUUGGUUUUGUGGUUUUGGUGAAGUUAAUUGAAAGAUGGACUUUACAGAGAAUUAUUUAUCUUUACACUGUUUAAGCACACAAAUAUUUGACCUGUAAUAGUUAUCAAAUUGACGAACAACAAUGUGCCUGUGUUUAUGUUCUUACAAUUCUAAGAAUUGUUUUGAUUAUAUGUAGUUGCCAGCAGUAAUAAUUAAUUAUAAUUAACAAUUAAUACCAUGAUCAACAUUACUUGUUGAAUGGUUUAUUUGUAUGUACAAUAAUUCAAGAAAUCGUGUGCAAUAAUGACGUCGUUACAAUAGAAUUUAAAUUUUUUUGUGAUAUUUUUCUUAGAGUUUGCAAACAUUACUCUAUCGUGUUAUCAAACCAAGAUUUGACACAAUAAUAAAGCUAUUUCAACAAAGAAUCACGAAGUAACAAAUUAUGCUGAACUACACAUGAACCUAUUUCAGAUGAAAUACUCAGAAACAUGUUUUCCUAUUUUCGUGAUUGUUGCGUGCGUAACAACACAUGGAGUACAGACAAAUAGUCCUUUGCUCUUGUAUUCUACAAACAAGGAGAUUCGACUUGCAAAUACAACAAGAAAUAGCAAUAAUAAAAUUGUUUCUACAACACUUCUUAAAAAUUUUACUGAAGGACCAGCUAUUGAUUAUCAUUAUGAGCAACAGAAGCUUUGUUGGACGAAGCAUGACCUUGAAAGCAUUUUUUGUGAUGACUUUGAUGGAGUGGCUACAAAAAAUACGGUUGAAAUGAUACUCAGCACAGGAAUCGAAUCACCAGGUGGACUCGCAUGCGAUUGGUUUACAAACAAACUUUACUGGACAGACACUGACACAAAACGCAUCGAGGUGACAAGCAUGGAAAACAAAAGACACCGCAAAACACUUUUCUGGACUGAUAUCGAUCAACCACGUGCCAUUGCUUUGGUUCCAAUGAAGGGUUUGAUGUUUUGGACCGAUUGGGGCGAAAUUCCCAAGAUUGAACGCUCAGGAAUGAAUGGGGACCCAGAAACUAGAAAAGUAAUCGUAAAUACAAACAUAUUCUGGCCCAACGGUCUUACCAUCGAUUAUGAAUCUGAGCUAAUUUAUUGGAUUGAUGGGAACUUGCGAUUUUUGGAGGUAAUGACUUAUGAUGGCAGAAACAGGACUGUUUUACUAAAAACGGGUUUUGAGUAUCCAUUUGGAUUAACAAUGUUUGAAAAAAAGCUGUUUUGGACAGACUGGAAAACAUGGUCCAUACACAGUUUUGACCAGACCACGAAUGCAUCAAAGGAGUUAAUACACUUGUCAGAUUCAAUUCCGAUGUACAUACAAGUUUAUGAAAGACGACGACAACCAAAGCAAUCGCAUCCAUGCGAAAAAAACAAUGGAGGCUGUUCUCAUUUGUGUUUGCUAUCUCCAAAUCCACCGGGUUAUUCUUGCGCAUGCCCCGUUGGAAUUAAAUUAAUAGAUAAUUUAACUUGUGCUGAAGGACCGCAACAACUGCUUUUGUUAGGCAGAAGGACUGACAUUUAUCUAGUUCACCUCGAUUCUCCAGACUAUACACACAUAACGCUACCUCUUAGUGAUGUAAAGUACACAAUUGCUGUUGACUUUGAUCCAGUAGAACGUUACAUUUACUGGUCGGACGAUGAAGUAAAAAAAAUACAAAGGGCCAGACUUAACGGUUCCGAUCAACAGAACGUUGUUACCAAUGAAAUCGAGCAUCCAGAUGGCAUAGCAGUUGAUUGGGUAUCAAGGAAUAUUUAUUGGACUGAUGCUGGGACUGAUCGAUUGGAGGUAUGCCGAUUGCACGAAAAAUACAGACGAGUAAUCAUUUUUGAUGAUUUGAUGGAACCAAGAGCAAUUGCGGUAGCACCUCAGUUGGGGUGGUUAUUUUGGUCCGAUUGGUAUGAGAAAAGUCCAAAAGUGGAAAGAGCGAAUCUCGAUGGGUCUGAAAGGAAAAAGAUAAUAACUAAAAAUUUGGGUUGGCCAAAUGGUAUUACAUUGGAUUUAAAUAACCAGAGACUGUAUUGGUGUGACGCAAAGCUUGAUAAAAUUGAGUAUUCUGAUAUGGAUGGUAAUCAUAGGAUGGUUUUGAUUAACGAUAAUGUACCGCAUGUAUUUGGCUUCACUUUAAUGGGAGAUUUUUUGUAUUGGACAGAUUGGCAGAGGAGGAGUAUUGAUCGAGCCAACAAAGACACAGGUGGGCAUAGAGAAGUGAUUCUUGAUCAAGUAGCCAAUGUAAUGGGACUAAGGGCAAUAAACUUGACCGAUGUAUCUGGAAGAAAUCUGUGUUACAUUAACAAUGGUGAUUGUUCACAAUUUUGCUUCUACCGACACAACAGAACAAAAACCUGUGGAUGUGAAUUAGGCUAUGAACUUGGAAGCGAUGGUCGUACAUGUGUUAAACCAGAAAUUUUUCUUCUCUACACUAAAAGAAACCAAAUUGGGAUGAUUGGAAUCGAGAAUCCUAACAACGAUAUCGCUGUACCAGUUACCGGAAUUAGUAACUGCAGUUCCGUAGAUUACGACAUCAAUACGAUGUCUGUAUAUUGGAGUGAUACUGCAACUCGAACCAUCAUGCGUGCAUUUCUUAAUGGUUCAAAUCCACAAAAAGUAGUUGAUGUGGGUUUAGCAUCUCCUGAAGGGAUUGCUGUUGAUUGGUUAGGUCUAAACAUUUAUUGGACGGAUCCGUACGCCCAGCGAAUUGAAGUAGCACGAUUACCUGGAUCAAGUAGAAAAACCUUACUAUGGGAGGGGAAAGUUAACGAUCCGCAUAGUAUAGUUCUGGAUCCUCCGAAUGGUCAAAUGUAUUGGUCUGAAUGGGGGGCCUCAAAAUCCAUUAAAAAGAGUGCUAUGGAUGGGUCAAAUAUUAAAAAACUGAUAGCCACCAAAGGGUAUGCUACACAAUUAACGUUCGAUUAUAGUCACAGAAGGUUGUAUUGGAUUGAGAUCAAUUCAGCGGAAAUUAUGUCAGUAGAUUUAAAUGGGAAUGACGCAAGGACAAUCAAAGAAGUGUUCAGACCAAUUAGUUUAACCUUAUAUAAAGACUUUCUUUAUUGGAAUGACAAUGACACCGGUGAACUUAUAAGAGCAAACAAAUUCAACGGUUCAAAUCGUCAAAUCAUUCACAAAAAUUCUUUCAACAUUACCGAUAUUCAAGUUUAUCAUCCUGAACUUUAUGGUUCAAAUCAAUGUACUGCUAGUAAUGGCGGUUGCAAACACUUAUGCUUAGCUUUGCCAGCAGAUCUCCCAGAAAAAGGUGCCAAGUAUACCUGUGCUUGCCCUACACAUUAUUCUCUCGUUAAUAACGAAUGUGUUCCUCCAGAAAAUUUUAUGGUUUAUACACAAAAAAACCUAACAGUACGUGUGUUGCCUAGUCCUGCCGGUUGUUUGGAAGCUGUGUUGCCAAUACAGGGGUUGAAAUGGAUAAGAGCGAUUGCUUUUGAUCCAUUGGAAAGGUUUCUGUAUUGGAUUGAAGGUAAAACACAUUUAAUUAAGAGAGCCGACAGUAGCGGUACUUUAAUCACAACUGUAGUAUAUGGGACUAAAGAAUUGCAGCCAUACGAUCUAACUAUCGAUUCUCUAGGACGUCUAUUAUUUUGGACUUCUUCUCAAGAUGUUAUUAACGUAACGCGUUUAGAUAACAACACACAAUUUGGUGUUUUAGUAAAAACGGAGAAAGAAAAACCAAGGUUGUUAGCCAUACAUGAAACAAAGAGGUUACUUUUCUAUACUGACGUUGGUCCAUUGCGUCAGUUAGUGAGAACAAGACUGGAUGGUACUCAUCAUAUAGUAAUUACCAAAGAUGCAGACAUCGCAGCGAUUGCUGUAGACGCAGAAAACGAUUUAAUUGUUUGGAGCCAGGGACAAAGCGUUUAUAUGAGUAAUAUCGAAGGAGCAAAUCAAGUAGUCCUUGUAAACGACACUACCACCAAAGCGACGCAACUAACUAUCCUCUCUGGCUGGCUUUACUGGAUCGAUCGUGAGUUCCAGCUUCAAAGAGUAGAACUCCAAUCCGGAAAACAAAGUUCUCCCCUAUCACUUCAAGCAUCUCACAUCGUGGAUUUAAUCUCCGUAUCGAAACCUGAUCCAAACCACUCGUGCUCCCACCGCAACGAACGAAAAUGUUCGCAUUUAUGUAUUAUGAACGGCACAAAUUCUGUGUGCGCCUGCCCACAAGGACACGUUCUAAAAGAAGACAAAACAACAUGUGCAGCAUUGCAAAAGUGCAGUCGAGAUAAAUUCACGUGUGCGACAAUUUCGGGUGACCAUGAGAUCUGCAUUCCAAUAUCGUGGCGAUGCGAUGGAGAAAAAGACUGUCAGGACAAUUCAGAUGAAUUACAUUGUCCUGAAUGUUCAAAAGAUCAGUUUCACUGUAAAGAUGGUUCGUGCAUAAGUUUGCAUAACGUGUGUGAUGGUACUGCACAUUGUGCCGAUCAUUCAGACGAAGAGUCGUGCUGCAGAGACGGUUUCAAAUGUGCAAAUACACGUGGGUGUCUGGCUGCACAUUUGGUUUGUGACAAAGUCGAGAACUGUGCGGAUGGCUCUGAUGAGGAUCCAACAUUUUGCAGUAGUGCGAGUAAGCUGAAGGCAUCGUCCAAUGGAUUGAUUUGGACUGGGUUGGGAGUAUCGCUGGGUGUAUUUUUUGUUGGGAUUGUUUUCUGCUGUUAUUUGAAGAAGAUGAGGUCGAACGAAGAUUUUAACGAUCAAUCGGAAGAUGACUUGAGUCCGAUGCAGCCGAAACCACACAUCAAAAUACGAAAAGGUAUCCCAGACGUAGUUCGAAUGUCUAUGGUUACUGGAAGUGAAACAAGCUAUGAUCGAAACCAUAUCACAGGUGCCUCCAGUAGUACAAACGAAUCAAGCCUGACAUGUUACCCACGUGAACCUCUAAACCCUCCUCCGAGUCCGGCGACAACAAGAGGAAGCAGUCCCUCAUCCAGAUAUCGGCCCUACAGACAUUAUAGAUCAAUUAAUCAACCACCUCCACCAACACCCUGUUCGACUGAUGUUUGUGACGAAAGCGACUGCAAUUAUCCGACGAGGAGUAGGUAUGACGGAGGGCCAUUUCCCCCACCUCCAACGCCAAGAUCUCAUUGCCAUAGUGAAAGUUGUCCACCGUCCCCAAGUUCGAGGUCAUCGACCUACUUUAAUCCUUUACCACCACCCCCAUCGCCGGUGGCGUCACCACCGAGGGGAUAUGAUUCGUAAUUUGUGGUUGGUGGAAAAAAUGCUGUCUAGAAAUUUUAUUAAUUAUUUAUAAUUAAGUUGUUUUUCUGGACGAAUUUUCAUCUACCACAUAUUGUUCACAUUGUGCCUAACUAAUUUAUAAAUAUUUUUAUGUACAUAAAUUUUAAAGACUAAUGAUUUAUACUCGAUACGUAUGUCUAACUAAAUAUAUGACAUUAUUCUUUUA